AUGAAAAUAUUUGGGCCUGCACUUUUCUUUUCUUCUCUACCGCUGCCCAGAACCCUAGAUUUAUCCAUCAAACCACCAUUGCUGCAACUCUUACGCCUACCAACAAGACUAAAUCGCUGCAAGCCUGCGGCUUCUACCAAGGAGGCAAGGACCAACAAGCUAUUGCUUCAAGCUUCAAGCUCCAGCACCCGUUGGCCGUUGCUUCAAGGCAUCAAGCCACGAAAUCCUCUGUUGCCGCCGGAUUUUGGCCAUUUAAAGCUUCAAAGCUUCAAGAUCCAGCACCCAUUUUCCUCCAGUUUCCGUGCUGCCACCACACUGAAGCUCCGCACCAGCACUUCAAUUAAAGUCACAUAUGAUCAUCAAGAUCGUGAAACCCAUGUCCGUCGAAGACAAGUUAAUAAAAUGAAAGAGAUUCAUGUUAUUGAUGAGGAUGAUGGGCCUUCAACUGAAUUCGACCGCCAAGAUGAUGAUUAUCUUGAUAUGGUUUUCGAAAAUGAUGUUCAAAUGGGAACUAAUGAUUUGGAUGAUACUAAUUUGGAUGGUGAUGAAGAUAAUGCCGAAGAUGAAUUCCAAGAGAAUUGGUAUGGUGAAGAUGAUUGGGAAAAUAAUGAUUUUGAUAAUGUGGAUUAUGGGAAUAAUGAAUUUGAUUCAAACGAUGAAAAUGAUUGGUUAUAAAUUAUUGUAUUUCUAAAUUAUUAUGAUACUUGAAAA